AUGGUUCGGAAUAAAACGAAUGUGGUAAGAAAGAAGAAAAAGACAUGUCCGGCAGAUGAUGAACCAGAGUAUAUAAGAACACAGCAGCCGGAAGUUCAUGGUCAAGAAACGCAACAAGUUGAUGAUGACGAUCCAAUGGAAGACGCGCCACUUUUGAUAUCAGGUACAGGAGGGGUACAAGAUGAUGACGGUGAGAAUGAGGAAGACCCAGAAGGUGAGCUAGCUGGUGAGGUACCAGAAGUACCGGUUCGAAAGAGACAACGAGGACCAACAAGGAUGAAAAAAUUAGCAAAACAUCCAAAUAAUCGUGAGCGAGUUGAGUUCAAUGCGAUGAGAGAACCAAUUGGUCCAGGAUCUGUGAAGCUGUCUUCUUACCUUGGUCCACUAGUGAGAGAACACGUUCCAGUCACACUGGGUGACUGGCGAAAGAUUAGUGAGGAGUUGAAGACAGUCCUCUGGAAAUCUAUUCAAUUGUUCAAACCGCUUAAUAACGCUACUAAUCACAACCGCCCGCUUCCGCAAACUCCGCACCCGCAACCGCAACCGCAGCGGUUAAACCAGUCAGGCCCUUAG